AUGGAGGGCACUGGGGACUCCAGUGCCAACACAGAUGAUACUCCUCCUGGACGAGCUCGGCCCAGGCCCAAGAAAUUGUAUCAUAAGAAGUCAAAAACGGGCUGUGCAACUUGUCGCUCUCGACGGGUUAAGUGCUUCUACGACAGAAUCAAAAUUGUUGUUGGAGUAUCACAAGGUGAACAGAACCAGGACAAGAUUCGAGGUACAACAACAGAUUUGCUAUCGCCUCUAGUUACGAGCAGGCCCUCAAAACACUUGCUUGAGCUCCGCCUCAUACAUCACUUUGCGACUCAAACCGCCGAUACCUUGCCGACAUCAGCGGACCCUAACCUAGCCAAAGUCUGGCGUGAAAAGUGUCCAGAGCUGGCCUUGAAGCACCCGGCCCUGCUAGAUACUAUCUGCGCAGCGGCGGCAUUGCAUAUCGCUCUAACUGAGCCAUCGAGUGACCUAUUUGACGCUCAUUGCCAUUGUAUGGACUCCGCAUUAAGAGGCCACCGCCGAGAUAUCUCGAAUGUGAAUAUAAUUAACGCGGAUGCAGUCUGGUUUACAUCCAGUCUACUGCGAAUUAUUCUUUUUGCUCGGCUUCAAGAUCGGAACACCGAGUUAUAUCAACUCCCAGAGGAAUUACUCUCAGUAACUGCCACGAUCAAACCCGGAGGCCGCGAAUACUUCAGUGAUGGUCUUGUUCCGCGAAGCAACAUUGGCGCAAUGGUGGAGCCGUGGCAUCAAUAA